AUGGGCCUUUCGUACAACACUUAUCUAAAUAGCAGCAAGAUCUACGGCUGCAAGUCGUGCAAGGCUCACCUUGCAAACCACGAGGACAUUAUCAGUCGGAACUUCCGCGGACAGCAUGGCAAGGCGUAUCUGUUUCACAGUGUGGUGAACAUCGAGGCCGGUGAUCCCAGUGAGCGGAAUAUGACAACUGGUAGGCAUAUUGUGCGAGAUAUUACCUGCCGCCAAUGCAAGGAAACCGUUGGUUGGAAGUACGACAAAGCCUACGAGAACUCUGAAAAGUACAAAGAAGGGAAAUUUAUCCUCGAAGCAGAGCUUCUAUGCAACGUCACCUGA